AUGGCAGAAUCAACCACGGAUAGAUUAACAUCGACUAAUGUUGAAGGAAAGAAUAUUGAUAUCGAUGAAACCGUUAUAACUCAUUGUAUUUUUGAUAUGGAUGCCGAAAUUUUGGCAAGAUUUGGAAAAACUUAUUCAUUGGAACUCAUGUCACGUUCACUCGGUCUUCGUCAACACGAGUUUGCAGUUCUUUUGAUAAAUGAAACAGGUAUUGAUAUGACACCAGAUGAAUUUAAUAAGGAACGAAUUAAAAAGAAUUUUGAAAGAUUCCCUUUCGCUAAACCCAUGCCCGGUGCUAUGCGACUUGUGACACAUUUGAAAAAGCACCGAAUUCCAAUAGCAGUGGCAACAAGUUCGAGUCGAGAAAGUUACAAUAUCAAAGCUUCCAAUAAUAGAGAAUUAUUCGAUAUGUUUGAUAGUAUUACUUGUGGGGAUGAUGCGAAUGUCAAGAAUGGUAAACCUGCACCAGACCUAUUUCUUGCCGCAUGUGACAAAAUGGGUAAUCCUCCUACAAAUCAAUGUUUGGUAUUUGAAGAUUCAAUUAACGGAAUCAAAGCUGCAAAGAAUGCAAACAUGAAAGUAAAUCCCAAAAUUGUAGAAUUUUAUCCGGGUAAAAAUGAUGCUGAUGAAAUGAUUUUUUCUUUAAAUGAUUUUGAACCAACAAAAUUUGGAUUGCCGCCUUUUGUUGAUAAACCGGGUUCUACAUAA